CCAUUUCAAUAAGUGUCAGUGUCAUCAUUUAUCAAUUAUCAUUUCAUUAUAUUUUACAAUAUAAUAUGUGUUUGAUAAACGUAAAAUACAAUCCAUUGUAAGGAUUAUGAAACAGUGAACGACAAUUCGCCAACGCAUUCAUGCAUUACAUGCAUUAACACGAAAUGCCAAUCCAUCAAAAGUAUCUUGCUUUGUAAACUGUUUAAUUUAAAUAACAUUUACAUAAAUAGUGCACAGCAUAAACACGCACAGAACACAUAUUUGCAUUCAUAUUAUUCGCAUCUAAUACAAAAACUCGAUUAAAUAUGCGCGAAUUCAAAGUUGUUGUGCUCGGGUCUGGCGGAGUGGGCAAAUCGGCCCUUACCGUUCAAUUUGUUUCGGGAUGCUUCAUUGAAAAGUAUGAUCCUACAAUUGAGGACUUCUAUCGCAAGGAAAUAGAGGUUGACAGCUCGCCUUGUGUUUUGGAAAUAUUGGACACAGCAGGAACAGAGCAAUUUGCCUCCAUGAGAGAUCUCUAUAUCAAGAAUGGGCAUGGCUUUAUUGUAAUGUAUUCACUUACGAACCAUCAAACAUUUCAGGAUAUUUCUAGUAUGAAAAAUGUGAUCACUCGUGUAAAAGGAAGUCAGCCAGCACCCAUACUACUAGUCGCGAAUAAAUUUGAUUUAGAUUGCCAAAGAGAGGUAUCCACCGCUGAAGGCAAUGCCUUGGCACAGCUGUGGGACUGUCCAUUUAUUGAAGCAUCAGCAAAGGAUCGGAUAAACGUUAAUGAAGUAUUCGCAACCAUUGUGCGCGAGAUGAAUUUGACGCAAGAGAAUCGGCAAAAAAAGAAUUACUGUUGUUGUACGCUUUUAUAGAAAUUUUGUAAGAUUGUAAGAUUAUUAUAGUUAAAAAUAAAAAUACUAAUAUUUAAUAGAUAACGAA